AAGAGUCAUUUCUGUACAAUUAUUCCAAUUAUUAGGUUGUGUCUUUUUAGAAACUGCUAUAUCAAAAUGUUUAACAUAUUGUACUGUAAUUUUGGAAGAAACCAUGGCAAAUAUUUACUAUUUCAGUUGUUUGUUAUAGCAAAAGUUUCAGAUUUGGUGAAGUCUUCAAGUUGUGAAACGGAUAUCACAUUUAUAAGAGAUGACGUCUUUUCCAAUUCACGUUUAACAGAGGGCAGAAUUCGUACCCAUAGUGGCGUAGCAAAUCAAGCCACGUGCUCUGUGAAAUGUGAUAGACAUACUAAUUGUAAAUCUUUCUUUUUCAAGAGGAAUUCUGGCACCUGUCAGAUUAAUUCUCUCAUUUACCUUUCAACUGCUGGAUCAGUUGCCGAUGAAGGAUUUGUAUACUUCAGGAAAAAUAUGGUGUGUCCUGCCCCGCCGUCAGUACCGAACUCUCAACCUCAGUUUGACGUGAACUCUGCUCCUAACACCAUAGGGACGGUACUGGAGUACACGUGCAGUGUUGGGUAUACGCCAGAGGGGAGUGUCAACUGUCAAGUAGACGGUACAUGGACUCAGAAGUUCUGCACUGAAGACUGCCCCAGUCCACCUGACAUACCAAAUGGUAAGCAACCAUUUGUCGCGUCAGCUGUUUCUAGAUCUCAGGGAACGUCCUUGCAGUAUAACUGUCAGAGAGGGUUUGUACCUGAAAAUGGUCUUACAACUAUAACCUGCCAAGUCAGCGCCACCUGGACAAACAUAGUUUGUAAACGACCAGACUGUCCCAGCGCCCCUGCCUUUGCAAAUAGUAAUCAACUAUUUGACCCAUCAGCAGUUACCACAGUGUACGGAACAUCAUUGCAGUAUGAAUGUAAAACAGGCUUUGUUGCUGAAAAUGGUGUCACAACCAUAACCUGUGAUAUAGACGCUACAUGGACAAAUGUAGUUUGUAAACGUCCAGAUUGCCCCAAGCCUACUCUCUUUACAAACAGUAAUCAACUAUUUAACCCAUCGACAGUUUCAACAGCGUACGGAGAAACCUUACAGUAUGAGUGCAAAUCAGGGUUUGUAGCUGAGAAUGGUGUCACAACCAUCACCUGUGAUAUAGACGCCACAUGGACAAGCAGCGUAGUUUGUAAACGACCAGACUGCCCCAGUCCUCCUGUAAUAGCAAACAGCAAUGAACAAUUUGUCCGAUCAACAGUUUCUACAGUCUUCGGAGCUACUUUACAGUACGGAUGUAAAUCAGGGUUUGUGGCUAAAAAUGGUGUCACAACCGUCACCUGUGGUCUAGGCGCCUCGUGGACAAGCAUAGUUUGUAAACGACCAGACUGCCCCAGUCCUCCUGUCUUUGCAAAUAGUUAUCAACAAUUUAACCCGUCAACAGUUUCAACAGCAUACGGAGAAAUCUUGCAGUAUGUAUGUAGUUCAGGGUAUGUCCCUGCAAAUGAUGUCACAACCAUCACAUGUGGUGUAGGCGCCACAUGGACAAGCCUAGUUUGUAAACGACCAGACUGCCCCAAUCCUCCUGUCAUAUCAAACAGCAACGAACUAUUUGUCCGAUCAACAGUUUCCACGCUGUAUAGAGCUACCUUGCAGUAUCAGUGUAAAUCAGGGUUUGUAGCUGAAAAUGGUGUCACAACCGUCACCUGUGGUGUAGACGCCACAUGGACAAGCAUAGUUUGUAAACGACCAGACUGCCCCAGCCCUCCUACAUUUGCAAAUAGCGAUCAAGAGUUUAACCCAUCGACAGUUUCAACAGCAUAUGGAGCAUCCUUGCAGUACAAAUGUAAACCGGGUUUUAAAGCUCAAAAUGGCGUUACUUCUAUCACAUGUCAGAUUGGUGCUACGUGGACGACAAGUGUAGUUUGCUCAUUAAUCCGAUCAUGUUCUGAAGUGAAGGCGUGUAACAGUCAGUACGGAGACGGUGAUUACUGGAUUUACCCGGCUCCUUAUGGAACUACAAAAGCGAAGAUCUACUGUCGUAAUAUGAACAACGGCGCCAUCGAAUAUGUGACCUUGAAUACUAUAAACGUAGGGUACAAGCCACCCGUAUCCAACAUGCAUUGUGGAGGAGAGGAAUCCCCAGGCUGUUCAAAAGGUGGAGGAGAGACUCGUUACGAGAAAAUUCGAGUCAACAUUCAGACAAUGGAAGUCGACCGAACAGACAGAACAUUUGCUUAUACAGCUUUCGGGAUACCAAGAAAUUAUGGUGAAGCAGCAGAUUGUUACUCAAUACAUUAUGGUAACAUCAGAGUGGCAUGUGGACCAAAAGGAACGUUUAAUAUAGACACGACUGGAACCGGGCUAAUUGUCGACCCAACGCUGUCGUUUCCUGUGACUGGUUGGAACGCCUGGGGUCAGGUGGUCCGAAGGCCGGGUGGUACACAAAUUGACUUACUGUGUGGAGGAUGGAGCGGCGCUUGUCGGCCAGAUAAAGAUAUGUUGUUAGUUAUCGGAUCAACUGCACCAUCCAGUGCCAGUGCCGUCAUGCCGACUUGUUCUUAGACUCAGAUGGGGAUUCAGUUGUUUUCUGAUGCAAUGACUUUUGAAACCACUAUCCGUCUUGAUAUUCCACUGUGCAUGGGCAUGCUGACUACUACACACUAAAUGUAUUGUGGCCGGUGAUAAAGAUAACUUUUUUUUCUGCACAAAAAUCAGUAGCAAAUACCUCUACCCACAGACAAUCGCAGCGCACCUAGAAAGGGUGUGGCACCUUUUAUUUAAUCAAAACAAAAUGUCUGUAAAUCUAUCUAUCUAUCGAUCGAACGUGAUGUCAGUAUUAUUGUCGACUUACUCUCUAGGAAACCACUGUUCACGCUGAUUGUCAACACAUUUUUAUUUAAUAAUUCAAACACUACGUGUAAUAUCGAUUAAGUUGUAAUUAUUUGUCACACAUACAGCGAUAUAUGAAUCUAGCCAAUUUAAGAAUGUACCUUUUAAUGCUAUAUUUUAGACAGCGGAGUAGUAUACUGAGAGGCAUAAAUAACGUUGUUUUUUCUUUCCAAAUUCGAAAAUGAUGGUAGGGGGACCAACUAAACAGCAUUGUAUAUAAAGUGUCUUUUUCACGUGUGUUACCUGCACUUGUCUCACAAUCAAAGCAACAUUGAUUUUUUCACUGUCAUUUUCCAUUAUGCUACGAUAAGUACAGAAUUUUGUUUUACUGUAAAAAACCAAACAAGCAAACCACAAAAAGAAGGGUUUUUUGUUUGUUUUAAAUGCAUUUUAUUCCAUUUUCUUUUCCAAUUUGAACAAUAUAUUUUCUUUCUGUUACAGCUUUUAAAACCAAUAUUUCAUUCUUAAGUCAACCUUUUGUUAAUUGCAAAAUUAAUUUUAAUCACGGAUGUUGACGUUCAAUCUUUAGUAUACUCGUGCUUUAUUUAAUAUGUUCCAUAGGCAUAAGGGACUUCAAUUAAGUUUGAUUUCAGUGCUAAGUGUUAAAAUUAAUUAAUUUCUAUGAUAGUGUGCAUGCUACGUUUGUUAUUUAGUCUGUUGUGCUUGUAUAUGAUUUCUACAUGUAUAAUAACAUUGUAUAAUUUAUUCCUAUUAUUCUUGUUCAAUGGUAUCUUUAAUAAAUACUAAUUAUUAUUGGAAGUGUUAAUGUGAUAUGUGAUCUUUAUCUAUUGUUCUGGAAACCUAUCUCGUAUAGUUGGCCAGUUUUCUCUGACACGUUUAAUGGACAGGAUAUAGUACUGAUCUUUCAGACAAAUAAUUUAACAUCAACUCUUUCAAACCUGAUAACUAACAUGAUAUGAUGUAUAUGCUGGUUUGAAACAAUUUGAGGAAGAGGGAGGGUACAGACAUGCUAUUAUAUGUUCUAGAUAUAAUUGUCAUUACUGUUUUUCACUGACCAUAAUUAAUUUUAAUAUGUACAUAUUCCUCAUGGACUUAUAAAAUGUCCUUCCGUAAAGCACAAGUUAAUUAUAAUCCCGAUUAAUAUAAAAAUGUAUCUACAUAUAAUUACGAUGUGCUCCUUGGAUUAUUUUUGAAUAUUAUUUAUGCCUAUAUUUGAAUUUUAAUAUCAUUAUUAUAUUGUGUUCAUUCAUUUAUUAAUAGACAACAGAACGUGGCACAACUCAUUUAUACUGUUGAUGUAUUUAUGAAUAAAGUGAUUUGAUUUGAAACAUG